GGGCACAAGAGACUCCAAAUAAACAGUAGAGAUAGGGAAAGAGGAAACAGUAGAUGUAGCUAGGCGGGGCAGAGGAAUGAGUAGGAACCGAGAUAGAAUAGAUAGUCAGAAAUGCACCAGUCCUAGGAAAAGCCCCAGCAGCAGAGGAAACUGCAGGGACAGACAUAGAGACAGCUGGGGAAGUCACUGAAACAGGGAUAGAGGGGGCACAGACCACCACCUCGUCACCAGUUGUUGAUACUGCUGUCCUCUUCUUCCUUGCAGGUAAUUUUUCUUCUUCAUCGAACCUCCUUGGAGCCUUCGCAGAACGCCUGGAUCUCCCCAUGAUGACACCUGCAAGACAAGAAACAGACACGGCCAGAGCACUGAGAGAUAUCAGGUAAUGAUGUAACUGGAGUGAAUAAGGGAACCUUCUUCCUGAGCACAGACAUUGGAGCCUGUUAUCAGCAUGAACUCAUAUGUGUUAGACAAACACAUCAAUAGUUCAUAUUCAUCCUUCACUACAGGAAGCAUCAGAAUGAUACCGCAAACUCCAAAAGUUCUUAGACAUCAAUGACUAUUCACAAACAUUGGGGACAUAACAGCAGAUAUUUAAAGAAGAUGGUGAAUUGGAAGGAACUGGGCAGCAAUCAUUAUGUACAGAGAGUAAUUUAGUCAUCAAACAAGUGGAAAACAUUAAUGCCUUAUCUAGUGAAAUUAUAAUCCCAGAAGAUAAACCACACACAUGUACUGAGUGUGGUAAAUGUUUUACACAAAUUAAUCAUCUAAAAAUUCAUAAAAAGUUUCACACAGGAGAAAAGCCGUUCACAUGUACAGAGUGUGGAAAAAGUUUUACACUAAAGAGUCAUCUGAAAACUCAUACAAUGAGUCACACAGGAGAAAAGCCUUUCACAUGUACAGAGUGUGGAAAAAGUUUUACACAUAUAGGUAGUCUAAAAAAUCAUGAAAGGAGUCACACGGGAGAAAAGCUUUUCACUUGUACAGAGUGUGGAAAAGGUUUCACACGAAUGGAUCAUCUGAAAACUCAUGAAAGAAGUCACACAGGGGAAAAGCUUUUCACAUGUACAGAGUGUGGAAAAAGUUUUACAGCAAAGAGUGAACUGAAAAGGCAUGAAAGGAUUCACACAGGGGAAAAGCCGUUCACAUGUACAGAGUGUGGAAAAGGUUUUACAGAAAAGAGUGACCUGAAAAGGCAUGAAAGGAUUCACACAGGGGAAAAGCAGUUCACAUGUACAGAGUGUGAUAACAGUUUUAUAACAAAGAGUCAUCUGAAAAUUCAUGAAAGGAGUCACACAGGAGAAAAUCCUUUCACAUGUACAGAGUGUGGAAAAUGUUUUACACAUAUGAGUAAUCUGAAAACUCAUGAAAGGAUUCACACAGGGGAAAAGCCGUUCACAUGUACAGAGUGUGGAAAAUGUUUUACACGAAUAGAUCAUCUGAAAAUUCAUGAAAGGAUUCACACAGGGGAAAAGCCGUUCACAUGUACAGAGUGUGGAAAAUGUUUUAAACGAAUAGAUCAACUGAAAAUUCAUGAAAGGAUUCACACAGGGGAAAAGCCUUUCACAUGUACAGAGUGUGGGAAAAGUUUUAUACAUAAGAAUCAUCUGAAUAGACAUGAAAGAAUUCACACAGGAGAAAAGCCUUUCACAUGUACAGAGUGUGGAAAAAGUUUUAUAGAAAAGGGUGAACUGAAAAUGCAUGAAAGGAGUCACACAGGGGAAAAGCCGUUCACAUGUACAGAGUGUGGGAAAAGUUUUAUACAUAAGAGUCAUCUGAAUAGACAUGAAAGGAGUCACACAGGGGAAAAGACUUUCACAUGUACAGAGUGUGGUAACAGUUUUAUAAAAAAGAGUCAUCUGAAAAGUCAUGAAAGGAUUCACUCUGGAGAAAAGCCUUUCACAUGUACAAAGUGUGGAAAAAGUUUUACAGCAAAGAGUGAACUGAAAAGGCAUGAAAGGAUUCACACAGGGGAAAAGCCGUUCACAUGUAUAGAGUGUGAUAACAGUUUUAUAACAAAGAGUCAUCUGAAAAUUCAUGAAAGGAGUCACACAGGAGAAAAUCCUUUCACAUGUACAGAGUGUGGAAAAUGUUUUACACAUAUGAGUAAUCUGAAAACUCAUGAAAGGAUUCACACAGGGGAAAAGCCGUUCACAUGUACAGAUUGUGGAAAAUGUUUUACAAGAAUAGAUCAUCUGAAAAUUCAUGAAAGGAUUCACACAGGGGAAAAGCCGUUCACAUGUACAGAGUGUGGAAAAUGUUUUACACGAAUAGAUCAACUGAAAAUUCAUGAAAGGAUUCACACAGGGGAAAAGCCGUUCACAUGUACAGAGUGUGGAAAAAGUUUUACAAAAAAGAGUGAACUGAAAAUGCAUGAAAGGAUUCGCACAGGGGAAAAUCCGUUCACAUGUACAGAGUGUGGAAAAAGUUUUAUACAUAAGAGUGAUCUGAAUAGACAUGAAAUGAUUCACACAGGAGAAAAGCCUUUCACAUGUACAGAGUGUGGAAAAAGUUUUAUAGGAAAGGGUGAACUGAAAAUGCAUGAAAGGAUUCACACAGGGGAAAAGCCGUUCACAUGUACAGAGUGUGGGAAAAGUUUUAUACAUAAGAGUCAUCUGAAUAGACAUGAAAGGAGUCACACAGGGGAAAAGACUUUCACAUGUACAGAGUGUGGUAACAGUUUUAUAAAAAAAGAGUCAUCUGAAAAGUCAUGAAAGGAGUCACAAGGGAAGAAACCUUUAACAUGUUUAGAAAGUGGAAAAAAGUUUUUUUUUUUUAUUAAAGUCAGGUAUCACAAAAUGCCAAAUAUUUACACACAAAUAAACUUUAUAUACACAGUGUACAACCUCUUUAUAAUUAUCUUAAAGAGGACAAACUCUCUAAAUAGAAGCAUCAAAAAGGAUCUUAUUGUAAAUAAUACUUUCUAAUCCCAGUUAUAAAAGCCUCAGUUUGGAAAUGCUCUCCUGCUGUCCUUUGUUCCUCUAUAUAUGUGCACCUCAGUUUCUCUCAUAUCAAUGGGAUGGAAUCCAAACACCAUACAUUUUACACAUAUGAGUAAUCUGAAAACUCAUGAAAGGAUUCACACAGGAGAAAAGCCUUUCACAUGUACAGAGUGUGGAAAAAGUUUUACAAAAAUAAGUAAUCUGAAAACUCAUGAAAGGAGUCACAAGGGAAGAAACUUUCACAUGUUUAGAAAGUGGAAAAAAUGUUUUUUUAUUAAAGUCAGGUAUCACAAAAUGCCAAAUAUUUACACACAAAUAAACUUUAUAUACACAGUGUACAAACCUCUUUACAAUUAUCCUAAAUAGGGCAAAAAUCCCAGUUACAAAAUCUCCAUAUUGGAAGAGCUCUCUUGCUGUCCUUUGUUCCUCUAUAUAUGUGCGCCGCAGUUUCUCUCAUAUCAAUGUGAUAGAAUCCAAACACCACACAGGAAUAUACAACUCUGACCUCAUAUUGACCAGUUUACACAACCAUUCACCACCAAAGCACCCCCAGUGUUGUGUAUUAAUAUGCCAGUGUUAGGAGUUGUACGUUUGUUUUACACAGGGGAGGAAAUAAAUAAUUUACAGAAUAAAGGAGUCUUUAUAUGAAUAGAGUGUUAGAGAAUUAUAUAAACAAGAACAUCAGUCUCAAAUGAUUGACAUCUGGGAGAUAUAUUUAAUGUGCACAUCAUGUGGAUAAACCUUUUCUUAUAGCAAUAGAUGCUUAGCAUUGUACAUGUUAUAUACCAGAGGAAUUACUGAGAGGGAACUGAUUUUAUUUAAUUAGACACAAUAUCAGUAACUGGUACAUUUGUGAUCAUAAUCAGUUUAAUUUAAAUGGCUACUAUAACCUACAUGUAUACUGGAUAUGUAAUAUGUGUGUCGUGAUCAUAAUCAGUUUAAUUUAAAUGGCCACUAUAACCUACAUGUAUACUGGGUAUGUAAUAUGUAUGUCAUGUGAUCAUAAUCAGUUUAAUUUAAAUGGCUACUAUAACCUACAUGUAUACUGGGUAUGCAAUAUGUGUGUCAUGUGAUCAUAAUCAGUUUAAUUUAAAUGGCUACUAUAACCUACAUGUAUACUGGGUAUGUAAUAUGUGUGUCAUAUGAUCAUAAUCAGUUUAAUUUAAAUGGCUACUAUAACCUACAUGUAUACUGGGUAUGUAAUAUGUGUGUCAUGUGAUCAUAAUCAGUUUAAUUUAAAAGGCUACUAUAACCUACAUGUAUACUGGGUAUGUAAUAUGUGUGUCAUGUUCUGUAACUUGAUAUUAUGUCUGUUAGAUGUUUUCAUGUUAGUUAGAAGCCACAAGAACUGAUAAUAGCACAUACUGUAUAUAUAAAGGGAACAUUAUAUGUCUGAUAAAUCCCUUUGUAUCAAGAGCACAAGUGUUAGGUAUAUUUAUACCAUUGUGGGCAUAUAUCAUGUAAUGCUGCUGUUACAAACUGCUGUUUGUAACUGGCCCUUUAAAUGAAAAAUUGCCCUGCUUCCCUGGAUUUUGGAGAAGCCUAUUUGCCAGUCUCCUUCCACAUGACUAUGGCCCCUGGAAGAUUGUGCCCCUGAGGACAUAUUGACUUUUGUUGGGUGUGUGUGGCCCUUUAAGAACCAUCUGGGGACAUAUUGUGACUUUGAUAGACAAUGCCCCUUUAAGACUAUGUCCCCAGACCUGUGAAAUGACUUGUCCCUGGCUUUCUCCCACUUGGUUCAGUUUCAUUGUGUGCCAUUAAGAGUUAAAUUUUGUUCAGCUUCAAGAAACCUAUUCUAAAUACAAGUCUGCUGGGAUCAGCUCUAAUUAGGUUUAGUGACUUUCCCAUUGUCUAAUCAGACUAGUAUUGAUAAGGUGGACUGCAUUGUUUUCUUGUGUGUAAUGUUAUCUGCUGUUGUGGCCUGUCAAAGGGAGUGUCUCUAUCUAAUAUCAAAUGUGUGAUGGGGGAUUUUAUGCCUCCCCCUGAGAGUGUCCUGUUUGCAUGUAACCUCAAUAAAAGCAGGCUGUGUGCUCCAGCACAGCAGACCUAUGUUGACCCUCUAACUUGAAGCUUUGACUCAUGUUUGUAGGAUUCAGCUAAUAUCACUACAGGGAUUGCUGACUAUGGUGCUGAUGAUUCUUUGGUGAGCGCUAGGAGCAUCCUUUUCUACGGUCCAACUUCCAGCCAGCCUGGAGGCAACCGUAACAUUUGGCGGCAGCGGUGGGAUUGGCGUCCUAGCGCAAGGAGCAGCACCACAACAGCACUGGUAUUGUAGGAAAGUUAUUAAGGGCAACGCUAGCCACUGCGCAGCGUCCCUACCUACAGCAGCAUGGAGCUGACAAGACACUAUUCAGAACCCUGUGAAGAGCACCUCAACCUGAUCCGUCGCUAUGAGGGCGCGGAUUUCGUUCCAGAGGUAAAGAGGCGGCUAGUCCGAUAUGGUCCAGACCCUGCACAGGAGGUAGUCAGUCGCAUCAUCCGGGAAUUGGAUACGGAGAACAAAGCGGCACGAGCCUUUGAGCGCCAACUGUGGAGUUUGAGGGUCUGGACACCUGGUCUCCAGCGAAAAAGUGAGUCACAGGGAGCGGAGAGCAACGACCUCCCUUCCCAGCGGCAGCCAGAGUUACAGGGAGAGGAGAGCAGCGACCUCCCUCCCCAGCGGCAGUAUACCGUGCAGAGGGAAGAGACAACCAGUCCCCUUCCCCAGCCAGAGAUACCAGAGGCAGCAGGCCUCAUAGACUGGUCCUGGGAGGACCCCCAGCAGGCAGGUGGAGAUGGGACCGCAGUCUCUCUACCGGCCCUACAGGGAUGCUGGGCAGGCGGCCCAGAUCCCCAGCGACAGACCCAGCUACAGGGAGGGGAGAGCAUCGACCUCCCUCCCCAGCCGGAGUGUGCCUUCCAGGGAGAGGAGACAACCGGUCUCUCUCCCCAGCCGCAGCAUGUUCCACAGGAAGCGGAGAGCAUCGACCUCCCUUCCCAACGGCCACCGGAGUAUCAGGAGGAGGAGGUAAGCCAAUCUCCCCCUCCCCAGCUAACCCCUAACUUGGGCCCAGGGUUAACAGUGGAGAUGUUGGCCCCCACUGACCCCCAUGUUCCCUUUGCCACCGGGCAGGACUGUGCCCCAAUUCCCCCAGCAGAAGAGCUGGCAUCAGGACAGAGCGCUGCUGGCCUCUGCCCUACAGACCUUGUCCUUGUUACAGAACUGGCCUGCAAACCCCUCACCCCAGCAGAAGCGCUGGCACCAGGGCAGAGUGCCGCUGGCCUCUGCCCCCCAAGUACCAUCAGCUAUUUGCCAAGCUGCGCCAGGAAGGCCGAGGAUGCUGCACUUUCAUCCUGCAACCUGGAACUUACAGGCCAGUACUACGUAUUGUGGGGGGGCUACUUUGCUGCUAGCGAUUAUUUGUGGGUGGGUUGCGAGACUAACUUGGGCACUGACCGGCAGAAGGUCAGGUGCCUGGUUAGUCUCCCUCCAAAAGGGGAGAUAUGUUACAAACUGCUGUUUGUAACUGGCCCUUUAAAUGAAAAAUUGCCCUGCUUCCCUGGAUUUUGGAGAAGCCUAUUUGCCAGCCUCCUUCCACAUGACUAUGGCCCCUGGAAGAUUGUGCCCCUGAGGACAUAUUGACUUUUGUUGGGUGUGUGUGGCCCUUUAAGAACCAUCUGGGGACAUAUUGUGACUUUGAUAGACAAUGCCCCUUUAAGACUAUGUCCCCAGACCUGUGAAAUGACUUGUCCCUGGCUUUCUCCCACUUGGUUCAGUUUCAUUGUGUGCCAUUAAGAGUUAAAUUUUGUUCAGCUUCAAGAAACCUAUUCUAAAUACAAGUCUGCUGGGAUCAGCUCUAAUUAGGUUUAGUGACUUUCCCAUUGUCUAAUCAGACUAGUAUUGAUAAGGUGGACUGCAUUGUUUUCUUGUGUGUAAUGUUAUCUGCUGUUGUGGCCUGUCAAAGGGAGUGUCUCUAUCUAAUAUCAAAUGUGUGAUGGGGGAUUUUAUGCCUCCCCCUGAGAGUGUCCUGUUUGCAUGUAACCUCAAUAAAAGCAGGCUGUGUGCUCCAGCACAGCAGACCUAUGUUGACCCUCUAACUUGAAGCUUUGACUCAUGUUUGUAGGAUUCAGCUAAUAUCACUACAGGGAUUGCUGACUAUGGUGCUGAUGAUUCUUUGGUGAGCGCUAGGAGCAUCCUUUUCUACGGUCCAACUUCCAGCCAGCCUGGAGGCAACCGUAACAGCUGCUGUUUACUAUAUAAUGAUAUACAAUGUUUUUUUAUGCAAAUAAAAAGUGAUUGUAAUCCAGA